GCUUCGUCUUGUUUCUCCGUCUUCCGUCAUUCGCGAAUGUCUGCUGCUCUGGUUGAAAGCACUGGAUAUAGUUGACCUGCGAGCGCCGUUAUAACUUGCCGUUUGCUGGUAGCAUAACUCGGUUUGCGGUUCCAGGCAGGAUGACUUCGAGUCGGUUUCUUCUGCCCAUUACACUCUGCGGCUCGAGUGGACAGCAAAGCUCGUCGACACCUAGCUCUGUGGAUAUUAUUGAGACAUCCUGCUCUCGUGCUAACCCGACUUGCGUAGUUUCCUGGAGUCUCGACUCUCGAAACGGAGAAGUCUCAUAUAAAGAUAAUGACAGGGGACAGGACGUAGCAGGCGUUGCUUUGGGAUGUGCAGACGGCACAGUCUACAUCUUCCAUGCUGCAAGUCGGCCAGAAAAGCAUCGCUCCCAAGAGCCUAACGAGAGCCAGUUCGGCAGUGCCAAGGUCUCUCUGUCUCUCAGACCCUCAAGUCCAACAAGACGCUCUAAACUAGCUCAGUCAAAGUCCCGCUCGACUUCACCUUCGUCUGUAACCUCAGGUCUGGCUCCCUUCUCUGUCUCCUCCCGCUCUCGAAUUGUCUCCGGCCUCUCUUUGGAACAAGCAGAAGCGCCCAAGAACUACGUCGACUUCGAAGAGGAGCCCGAGAAGCUCAAAGACAUGCUCAAAGGCAAAGGUCCCAAGGAGAAGUCGACUGCUCCUGAAGGCCCGCCUUCCCAAUCUCCGUCUCGCUUACUGCGCUCACCGUGGCAUGUUUCAUCUACUCUGAGCAGCUCGCUUUCUACGUCCAGAUCGAUGUCGCGCGCGCCUUCACCUACGCUUUCCACUGCCGAUGCCACCCCUCCUCCGGCGUCAUCUGUCAUGUCCCUAAAACUUCACAUCUGUCCUCAGCGCUUCGGGGAGGGACAUGCGGUAUCAUCUGUGGAAAUCAUACAUGAUAGUCAGGAGCUCCUUUGCCUCCAGGAAUCAGGAUAUCUGUCGGUACACUCCCUGCAGGACGGUUCUUGUACGGGUACAUUGCAGAUUGAAGAUGAGCAUUCGCUUGCCCCGCCGGAUGGUAUCAAGCCCCAUGACAUGUCGUACCACGUCUGGAGUUGGAAACGGAUGCAGGUGAUUACUCACGGAGAGAAAACCCUUGUACUAGUUUGCGCGAACGAUCCUACGACCGCCGCAGCUGCUCCUUCGGUCCCCGGGGAUUACCAUUCGUCUCAGGACGACGUAUCGGAAGUGACCCGCCUUGCUAUCUUUGAAUUGAGGCGAUUGCAUGAGCAUGAACGCUUUAACACGCCCGUCCUUGAGAAAGUAGGCGAGUGGUGUGUGGACGGGCCUUUAUGUGGCCACAGGCUGUGCGAGACAGGAUCUGAAGAUGACCUGGCGUUGCUCCACAUAACCCCUUCGCGUCACCUCGUCAUGCGCUCGCUGCGCCUCUCAUCUCCAGCGCCAAAUUCGCUGCAUGCCUCGCUAGCCGAGAACGAGAGCAGCACUAACAACAGCCUCACCUCUCUGCCCCUGCCGAAUCCCUUCAAAGCUCUGAAAAUCCGUUCGUCGGAGCAUGUAGCAGCUGCAGAGCCGGAGAAGCGGCCCGGAAAGAUAGUUCUGGGUGAAGAAUUGGACUUGGGUGAGAUUUCCUUUGGCGAGGGUGAUGCUGGGGUAAUUGCGGGCGUUCGGGUAUGCUAUCCUCGAGCGGUGAUAUGGUCCGAUAGUACGGUGAUUGCGCUGGAUCUGGAUUUGACAGCACGCACGAUGUCGCCGGUUGGAUCGUCAAUCUCGAUACCUCGUAUCGAAGAUGUCGGGGUGUCUGGAUUGGAUUCUUUCGUGGCAGUAUGCGAUGACCGCGCAGAAGUAUACACCAUACGGACCGUCGACCCCAAUAACGACGAAGUAACAGGCGAGGAACGCUCAGCAGGAUCUUCUGCCAUCCAUGCGUAUCAGCUUUCGCGCACGAUGACCCUUCCAGAUCAUUCCGCUAAUCACAUAAUUUUUCCUGACGGGAUACUACUUGCUACGAGGGAUGAGACGGGUAGGAGGAUGCUACAGCUGACAGAGCCGCCCGAGACGUCUAGGGUCGCAGCUAACUCGAAAGGGAGGGUAAAGGAUGCUCGAUCUACUAUCCUCUGGAAAGCGAAGCGUCAGCCGAAGGAUAACGAGUUAUCGCUGACCGCGCUGCUUCCUCUAGAGCUCAACUUGAUUAUCACUGGUUACAGCGAUGGAUAUAUCAAGCGGUCCUCGCUCGCGAGCCUGGCGGCUGAUUGGACCGGUUCUUCGGCCAAGCGCUCAGACGCGCCUCUGAACGCGGCGGUGAUGUCGCUCUUCGCUGUGCAUAACCGCAGGACAUCUAGUCGAAUCUUGGUCGGCGGCGGCGACGACGGUUCUGUCGCCUGUUGGGAUUUCAGCUCUUUAGCCCUUACUGCGCGAUGGACGUUGUUUAUAACUCCUCUGCGGAAAGUCAUCGAAGCCCCGGAUUCAGGAUGCUUGAAAGACUGCAUUCUAUGCAUCGCGCACGAUGGGACUGUCGCAGUGAUCGCAAUCGACGGUUGUCAAUUCCUUUAUCUCAUCCCAGGUUCUAUUGCGCCGCUGGAGCACAUGUACUUCGACUCGCAGAACAUACUGCUUGUAUAUGCGCAUGGCUGGGCCCGCUUGUGGGAUUUAAGAACACAGGAGUUCCGGAGAUCGGUGGCUUGGGACAAGGCAGCGGAUAUCGUCGCUCAAGACAAAGAAUGGAUGGAGAUGCCAUUGAAUAGUGGAGACGAGAAACUGAAGGAAGGCACCUUUGCCGGAGCGUUAUCUGUUAAUUCAUUCAGUCCGGAUGCAGCGUCAACAUUACUCGUUGACUUGGAAAUUUUGUUAGGCCAACUGGUCUUGCUAAGCCAAGCGUCUGGGGAGAAACAGCGCCAAUCAUCCGUGCUCCUAACGCAGAGUCGAACGAUACUUUCAACCUUCCUCACGUUUGGUCUGAGUCCCGACAUCGAUGCCAUAUGUCAAGAGGGACUAGGUGUUCAGCCUUGCGGUCCACUGGUGGGACUCAUGAGCCGAGGCACUUUCAUCACUGUCGACAUACGGAACCCUCGAAGUUAUUGGACCGUCUCCUCUGACGUCUCGGCGGCGCGUGCACUUGCUAUCAUAGCCUUGCUCCGUUCAUUGGCGCUGUUCGAAGAUCUCACAGACAACGCAAACACCGUGAUUGCGUUCUAUGCGUCUUCACUGGGCGCUCUCGUAGGCCCGGCUUACCAAGUGCCAAGCCCUGUUUUUCUCGCUAACGCUUGGUUCAAUGCCUCAAGUGAAUUAAGAGCCGCUAUCCACCUCCUGUUCGAUGCCGGUUUAGCCUGCUUAUCGGACGAGGAGACGAACAGGAUCAUAGAUACGUGGCAGCCAUCACUACCCUAUCUGCAACCCGAGGAGCGAAGACUAAGCCACACUGCCGCUAUGGCCCUCUUUUUAUGUGGUUAUAUCGCUGUCUCCAAAUAUAGCCUCUUGUCGGCCACAACCCUUUCAGACAUCUCUAAAUCCAUCGCGUUCUAUCUCCACGAUGAGACAUCUAACCAUCGCGCACUAGCUAUAGAUCUUUGCUCGAGAGGUUUCACAGUCUGGCAGCAGUAUGUCGAUGCCAUGGAGAUGUUGCGAGCCUUAUUUGUACUGGCAACCACCUCCCGGAAGGAGAGUAUAUCUACACAGAAUGCAGGCCUGUUGGCACGCUCUGCAGUCCUUCGCAUUGCCUCCAGCAACUCUCCUCUGUUUAUGACCACCCUAGCUUUUGACAUCCUUCAUCCCAAGGAUGUGGAGCAUCGGAAGUCCGUGAUGCAGCUAGUUGCAUUCUUUAUACGGAAGCAACCUUUGGUUCUGUAUCCCAACUUACCUAGACUAGUGGAGGCCGUCGUUAAGUCUCUGGACCCCAAUUCAACUGCGAACCGCGAAGCCGUAUUAGACACAGCCACAGAGAUCCUGGGGCAUGUCGUGAAAACCUUUCCUACAGUGGAUUUUCAUAUGGCCACUCAACGCCUGGCAGUCGGGACCAGUGAAGGAGCUGUGAUCAUGUAUGACCUCAAGACAGCAACUCGGCUGUAUGUCCUGGAAGGUCACAAGAAGCGCUUGGUGGCUUGCAGCUUUUCCCCCGAUGGUCGACGCCUGGUAACGGUCUCUCUCGAAGAGAGCACAGUCCUCGUAUGGAAAGUUGGGUCAAGCUUCUCAAGCUUCUUCAACCCUGGAGCGCCACCUCGUCAAGGGCACUCUGGAUCCGAGCCGUUCAAGCGCCUGAGCUUCAAUGUAGGGGACGAAGCGAAAAUGACUAUAGCGGGGACUCUAGAGUUCAUACGGUUCGAGUGGCCUGCUGAUCGCAGUGUGAAGUUAAAGAUACGCGACAGUACCUUGACAUUCAGUACAUAGAAUCCCGC